AUGGCUGAAGGGAGCUCCGUCACGGUCCCAUCCAGUCACACAUAUUCGGAGGAAAACUUCCGCCGGUGGCACAUCACAUACCUACAUCACAUUCUUCGGGGUUCAGCGCUCAGUGGACAGUGGACACGACGCAGCUCACUGGCGGAGAUCGAGCGUCAGGACAGGCUGAUUGGGGAGAUUACGGCCACCAAUGUUUCGUACCGCGAGCAACUGCACUUGGAGGAGAUCGCCCAUGCUCAGGCAAAGCAAGCCCUGGAGAUCGAACAGAAACUCCAUCUACAGGCGCAAGCUGUUAUCGACAGCCAACAACAACAACUUUCUUCCUGCCAAGCUGCUCUUUAUGCGACCCAGCAGUCUCUAGGGCUCGAGAGGCAGCAGCUGGAGGAGAUGGCAGCGGAAUUAGAUCGAACACAGAGAAAGUUUCAUCUAGUGGAUAGCUUGGUAGACACCAUGCUUCUCCAGGAAGACAGUGAGCUUGAGAUGUCUGACCGGUCCAGGCAAAUCACCGACCUCGUACUCGACCUAGAUAAGCAAAUGGAGGAAAGGUUUCGCGGUCUACUGUGGCAGAAGGAUGCGGAGAUUGCCGAGUUGCGGCGUGCUCUCGGGAGCCCAGAGAGAACAAACGACACCAAGAGAUCACAAAGCGAGUCUGGUAUCUAG